ACUCCGUCACAAAACCCAAGCCAAACAUAUUCACAAAAUCAACUCACCCAAAAGGAGCACCUAUACCACCUCAGACCAAAUAGCCGCAACAUUCUCCAACUACUUUACAACGCUGUACGACCACAACCCGGAUGCCAGCCAACACCAAAGACAUCAACAAAAUCAAGAGGACACACAAACCUACCUAAAUGACAUCCUCCUCCCAGCGCUAUCAGACACGGCGAGAGCCCAAAUAGCUGCCCCCAUCGAAACAGAAGAGAUAGCACAUACACUGAAGGCGAUCAAACCACAUAAAUUCACUAGACUCACUAGAAUUUUCCACUUCUUUCAAUCUAAUCAACUGCUCCA